UGCCAGUGCAUAUGCCAGUUUGGCAAAUUGCAAAUACAUAUAAAAUUUUUUUAUUAUUUUUCCAAAAACAAAAAACCUCCAUUAAUGCUUUCAAGGACACACCUCUGGCGGCACAUAGCUUUCGUACAGCUUGUCACUAAGAUCUCUCUUCACUUUCUUUCAUCUUAAAAUUCACCAUUCUCAUCUCAUUUUCCAUCUUCUUAAUUAUUAAACCCAUUAUUAUUUUUUCCUCCUCCUUCUUCUUUCUUUUACAAGUUUUUUAAUUUAUUUCUUGCAAAAAUAAGAGGAGCAACAAUGCAAGAUGCAAUUAGUAUCCCCGCGUGCUUUUCUCCGUCUCCUUCUUUACAAAGUACUAGUAACGGACAUGAAACUACUCUGACUCGAUCAAGUCAGAGCAUUUUCAUGUCCGUAUAUAGAACCAAAGUUGCUGAUCAGUGUCGACUGAUCAGCAUCACAUGGUGCAAAAACUUGAUGCUUCACGGCUUGUCCGUGUCCGUGUCAGGAUCCGAGGGACAAACUGAGUAUAGCUGCAAGGUCGAGUUGAAACCAUGGUACUUUUGGAGAAAACAAGGAUCGAAGCGCUUGGUCAUUGAAGACACAAGUAGUAAUAAAGAUAUUGAGAUAUUUUGGGAUCUUAAGAAUGCAAAGUUCCAUGGUGAAACGGAACCGAGUUCGGAUUACUAUGUUGCUGUGGUUUGUGAUCAAGAGGUUGUUCUUCUUCUUGGUGAUAUGAAGAAAGAAGCUUAUAGAAGAACAAGGUGCAGACCUUCGCUAAUUGAUCCCAUUUUAGUUUCAAAGAAGGAGCAUAUAUUUGGGAAGAAGAAGUUCUCAACUAGAGCAAAGUUUCAUGAAAAGGGUAGAUGCCAUGAGAUCUCAAUUGAAUGCAAGAACAAUAACAUCAAAGGAAGCAGCAACAAUGGUGGAGGAGAUAAUAAUGGAGUUGUUCAGCAUAAUCAUCAUCAUCAUCAACCAGAAUUGGAGAUAAGAUUUGAUGGGCACUUAGUGAUUCAUGUGAAGCACUUGCAAUGGAAAUUCAGAGGGAAUGAACGAGUUCAUAUGAACAAGAUGAGAGUGGAAGUAUAUUGGGAUGUUCAUGAUUGGCUCUUCAAUCAUGGUUUGAAGCAUGCAUUGUUCAUAUUCAAGCCAGUUUUGUUAUCAACAUCAAAAUCAUCCUCACUUUCAUCGUCUUCGCCGUCGCCGUCGCCGUUAUCGUCUUCGUCUCCGUCUUCUACUCCGUUAUCAAGUAACACGGGUAGUUCUGCUGGAUCAUCAUCAAUGUUGGAGGGAUUGAAUUGUGUUAGUAGUAAUGUUUCUUCUUCUUCUUCUUCUUCGGAGUUUUGCUUGUUUAUCUAUGCUUGGAAAGUUGAAUAACAAUGAAGAAUUGAAGAAGAGUGAUUAUUGAUGAACAUGUAUAUGUCAGCAUAACGGUAUGAUGAUGUCAUCAUCCAAAAUAGGGUUGGAGAAAGAAGACAACUUUGAAGACGGUGAUAAUGCAUAUAUCACAUGUAAAAAUCGGUAAAAACUAAGAUCUACUCAACUUUACGUAAAGAUGAUAAUUGAAAAUCAUUAAAUAAUUUGAUUGAUUUGACUAAAUUUUUAUCUAA